AUGCUUGACCCAAUUCGGCGGGAAAGUCUGUUGGUGGUGUCAGGACCAAGGCAGCAGUGUAAGAAAGUGAAUAAAUUAUUUGCACCCAUAAAUACAGCUGACAAUGGAAAUAAGGAUUAUGAUAACAGUACCAAUACUCAGUUACCACGUCUCCUCUACAGAUGGUCCAACGCAGACUCUCAGGGCAUAAAUACCCCGAAACAUUUCAUCGCUGGCCUAUUCUCCGACACGGAAGCUCCUCGUUUUCGACCAGAGAAUAUCCCAAGUGAACAAUUUGACAAGUAUGUAUUAAAUCAUGUCAGUAUUGCGCAAGAGACCAGUCCUUUCAUAUCCACAUUUCAAUCAGUUCUGGCUCCCAUCCAUAGGGCUCUCCGGGGAAUGGAGGGAGCAAGGGUCACAAUAAUUGACUCACAAAGGCUAACAACCCCUGUGUACUCUGCGAGAGACCUGGUGCACAAUAAUGCGAUUCAUAUCAGAGGCUACAGUGGGAUAGGGGAAUUUCUUAUCUGGCAUGAAGUAAGAAGCCCCGCGAUUGUAUGCUCAUUUAAGAUCACCACUCUUGUGCAAUUUGCACAAGAAAAUGAGGAGAUUAAUACUCUUCUGCAGCUCAAUAGAAUCGCUUCAUACAGGCGUGUUCGGGGCCGAUUGAGGACGGUCCUCUCAAGGGAAGAGGGUAGCAUGAACUUAAAUCAUCAUUCUGGCCAGGGCAUUGGGAGACUUCUACGAUUCAUCAAUAUACCCCAAGAAUACUACCAGACAGUUGGGGAGGGGAUUAUGAGAUCAUGGCAAUUACGAAAAAGGGGAUCAUGGCCAGAGUUUUUUGAGGGGAUGCAGCUUGGCUUCUUUUCUAUGUCUGCGCAAUGGCUCAGGCCUAUGAAGAUGGCUGCCACAUAUGCACGCGAAAAUGAACUUGCUCAAGAUAUUGAAGAUGAGCGCGACCUAUCAAUCAAUGAAGACGACGAAGAGGAGGAUGAUGAUUCCGAUAUUGAUACACCUUCUCCCGCCCCCAUGAGCCCCAUUGAUACACAAGAGCUUGAAGAGCUUGGAGACCUGAUCGUCGCAAAUGAAAGUCCAGAGUUUUCCGAGACAGAUAUACCUGAGUCGAAGGAUAAGUUUGCCUCGGAACGGGAACGCAUCAAGCGUCUUCUUCAGUGA